AUGGCACUGCCUCUGCUAGGGCUGGGGCUCCUUGCUCAUGUUUUGCUGGACGUUAAGAAGGUUCCGGCAGCAGAGAGGCUGUGCGCCACAACCCCCUGUGUAUUGGAAUUCCCCAGAGAAUCGCCCGGCAGCUCCGUGAUCGUGGGCUCCUGGCUCAGUGGCAGCGCCAGCUCCCCUGCCGCCGUCAUCGGUGCCGAGGCCAGACUCCGGGGGAUGGGGCAUCCCGAGAAACGAGACUGUACCCUGCUGGUCCGUGCCACCCCCCAAGAUCUGACCCCCAAACCAGAGCUCUACGUUCCCGACCCCCUCGUGGUUAGGGAGCCGGGGACUGUGACCUGCACCAUUGAAGGCACCUGUGAAGGAACCCGAGCGGCCUCCCUGCCCGGGGAUCGGCCCGCCGGCUCCAGCGACGCCCCAGUGCUACACUUCACCCCAAGGCCGGGGGCCCGCGGCAGGCCCCGCCGAUGUCACAUGAACUUGGCCUGGGAUAACCUGACCAGGAGCGGCGAGGUUGAGGUCCAGGUGGUCUCACCUGCCAGGCUGCUCAGCUCCUCCUGCACCGUGGAGAAGACGCUGCGGUGCCGCUGCGCCUUCCACGGGGUCCCCACGCCCUCCGUGCGCUGGUGGCUGGGCGGCGCCCCCGCGGGCGACAGCAGCCUGCCCGCGACUUCCAGCGCGCUGGGCCCCUGGGUCAACAGCACGGUCCACCUCGUCGGGGAGCCGGAAGUGCUGAGGACGAUCCACUGUGAGGGCAGGAACCCGUAUGGAACCCACACAUCCCACAUGUUCCUGCUGGCCGGUGAGUGACAGCGUCCGGACGUGUUCCUGAGAGGGCUGCUCCAGGGCGUCGUGUACGGAGCCCUCGCGGCCGCCCUGCUCUGCUUCUGCCUCGUGCUGCUCGCGAGGAAGGUGCUUCAACCGUGGAAAGAAAACGAAGCCGUGGAGACCAGAGAGGCCGGGACCCCCGUGAAGCCCGGGGUGCUGGGGCAGCCGCUCGGGCCCAGGGGUGUCUGA